AUGAACACUCGUGAUCAUGUACUGUAUGUGAAGGAGAAGGUGCUGUACCUCAAUCCAUUUGGUGCCAGUCCGGGGGAGGUGAAGUGCCGCAGUGUAACCAGACCUCAGCGCCUGGCGGUGUUCCACCAUAGACCACCCCCAACAGUGAUGGCACCUCAUGUGGGGUAUUUGUUUGCAAGCUGGCUGAGCAGAUCCUUCAGGGGAGGAGGUGGAGUUCCAGCCGGGAACUCGCUGCAGCAUCCGUAA